AUGCAUUACAACUGCAGCCCUGGAAACUUCUCCUCCCACUCUCUUGGAGGUUACCUGGGGUACCCAUGUUCCACCUAUGAUUCUUUCUACCCCAGCAAUGUAGUCCACUCUCCCAGCACCUGCCAGCUGGGCUCCUCUGUCUUCAGUGGUUAUCAGGAGAUCUGCUGUGAGCCUACUGGCUUGAGGACGUCCUGUGCUGGAGCCAGAUACUACCAGAAAUCCUGCUUCUUCCCAAAGAAUUCCAUCUUCUUCAGUCCCUGUCAAACAAAUUAGGGGUUUCUGGGAUGUGGAAAUAUUGGCCUUGGGUCUCUUCAUUGUGGAAGCACUGGUUUCCAAUCUCUGGGCUGUGGGUCCAGCUUCAGUCAUCCAACUUACUUUACUUCCAGGAGUUGCCAGUCAACUUGUUACCAACCAGCCUUUAGCUCUCACUUUUUUGGAUCAACUUGCUAA